GCGAGGCGCGCAGUACCCAGCGCUGUCCCGGCGCCUCCGCCCGAACCCGAGCCGACUCGCCCGCCACCCCGCGCGCCGGCCGUGCGUCCUCGGGGCUCGCCCAUCCGCCCCCCAGACAGACAGCCCGACCCCGCCCCGACCCCGCCCGCCCUCUGGACCCUGGCCGCCCCGAGUGGAGACCGGAGGUGAGCGCUGGAACCGACAAAAUGAUGCUUCAACACCCAGGCCAGGUCUCUGCCUCGGAAGUCAGUGCGUCUGCCAUCGUCCCCUGCCUGUCCCCUCCUGGGUCACUGGUGUUUGAGGAUUUUGCUAACCUGACACCCUUUGUCAAGGAAGAACUGAGGUUUGCCAUCCAGAACAAGCACCUCUGUCACCGGAUGUCCUCUGCACUGGAGUCGGUCACUGUCAGCAGCAGCCCCCUGGAGAUGGCAGUCACAAAAACCGAGGUAGCCCCUGAAGAAGAUGAAAGGAAAAAGAGGCGGCGGGAAAGAAAUAAGAUUGCAGCUGCCAAGUGCCGCAACAAAAAGAAGGAGAAGACAGAGUGCCUGCAGAAAGAGUCGGAGAAGCUGGAGAGCGUGAACGCUGAACUGAAGGCCCAAAUCGAGGAGCUCAAGAACGAGAAGCAACAUUUGAUAUACAUGCUCAACCUUCAUCGGCCCACGUGUAUUGUCCGGGCUCAGAAUGGGCGGACUCCAGAAGAUGAGAGAAACCUUUUUAUCCAACAGAUAAAAGAAGGAACAUUGCAAAGCUAAGCAGUCGUGGUAUGGGGGCAACUGGGGAGUCCUCAUCGAAACCUUCUACAUCCCAAACCCUGAAGCCAUUGGAGAUCUGACUUCCUGUGCACCUCUCACAUCCCAGCCGUGAAGAACCAUCGAGGCGGAAGAGCCCUUGGUGACUCAGCUGGGCCUUUCCUCUCUGCACCAGAGUGGACUUUGGACCAGGACAAGGGCAUCUUUUUGUCUCAAUGCCAGGAUUUAGACCUUAACAUUACUGGCUCUUCUUGGAUGCUGCAGAUGGCCCCUGUUGAGGGUCCUGCACAUCUUCUGCCUGGAUUCUACCAAAACCAGGAUUCUCACCAUUAGGACUCAUGCUGAAGAAGUGUCUGUACCUUGGGUGGGUGGAGUGGGGCCACGUCCUGCGCUGCCACGGCCACUCACAGGGGACACAGAGUGAGAACGGCAUUUAGCAACGUUGUACAAUGGCCAGGGUUGUGUUUUCUAGCAAACAUGCUAUUAUGUACCGGAAUUAACUGUGUGCAACGCGUCUGUGUCAAAGCUAGGCAUUGUGCUCUCCUGAUGUUUGUUUUGCACAACACCGGUGUGAUUUUCCUCAGAUCUGGUUUCUGAGCGGGGGGGUGGGGGGGCGUUGGCGAGCACCAUAGGCCGUGUCUUACAGAAUGUUGAGGUGGCCAGAAGAGCUUGUCCACCCCGGGAGAACAGAAUUCUGCUGGCGAGCAGGGCAGUUUUGUGUCAACAGAGAAAGCCGCCUUUCCCGUGGCAGCCAGGCAUUAGCAAAAAACUCAUGGGCAUGACUGCAGGUCCUCUGUCUCAAACUCAUUUAUAAUGUCACAGGAAGAAAGCAGGAAGUCCAACUUCCAAAGGGCUAGGACUCUCCACUCAGUGACUUAGGUCAGGAGUUAUUUCUAGGCCAGAAAAGCCAAAGAAUAUUCCAUUUUCCUUUUCUCACAGUUGAAAACCACAUUCAGUGGAGACAAGUUUGAAGCCCGGUGAUGCCUAGGCGUUAGCAUUAUUGGAUGUCCAUGGCAUUGUUUGUCAUAUGGAUGUUUGUAGAAAUCUGGCCCAGAGCAUUUAUAACUGUGAGAGGUCAUUCACACUGGCCACAGGACUCUGGCUACUGUCUGUUUAAAUUCUGAUGUUUCUGUGAAAUCCUCAAGAGUGUUUAAUCCUAUUCAAUAGUAUCAUUACAAUUUUCUGUAAGAGAAAAUAUUACUUAUUUAUCCUAGUAUUCCUAACUUGUUGAUAUAAUAAAUACUGGAACCAAGACAUGGUGAACUUAAGUGUUGUGCUGGUUUCUCUUCCUUUUAAAUGGGUUGGUUGUUGAACUCUAGCCAUUCCCCACCCCCUCCCUCUCCGUCGAGGGGGAGGGGCGUUUUCGCUUAAAAAUUCUCCCAAGGGUCAUCCUUUGCUCUUUGGGGUGCCACUGGGCGGGAUAGUUGACUUUCCAUUCUGUUCCUCAGACUGUGGCAUCUGUUGCCCAGUUUCUCAUUGACAAGCCCCGAAACACAGCGCCAACCAAGUAUAUCCUUUAGACCAACUGUUUGGUGUUAACAUAGAGUUUUGAUAUAAAAUCUCAACUAUGUUUCUUUGAAUGUACAGAUGCCUAAAACGUAGACCCAUUGUUCAGCUUGACACUGUACCUUCUGCCUCAGAACAUUUCUUAAAGUAUUCACUCGAUUACAUCCGUUAUGUCCAAAUAUGUGUCUGAUUAUUGCAAGUAUGUAUUUCAAAUAGGAGGAAAGAAUGGAGGGAGGAAGAGAGGGAGAGAAUCAUUUUGAUAGGUGUGCUAAUUCAAAGAAAGGCAUUUCACCGAAUGGGAUUCCUUAGGUCUGGAACAGAACCAGGCUCCCUUGCUCUUUGCCUGUGCACACAGGUAUUCCUCACAGGCUAGAAAUAAAAACUGGCUAUUCUGCUACUAAUGUCUUCCUUCAGAGAGAUAUUAGCUUCAUCCAAUGUUAAGAUUCGUGCACAUGAAUGGGGAGCCUGCUCCUCUGAACUCCUGUAUGGUUCCUUUAAAUUAGCACCUGUGACACCCGUGUCCUGAUUUUGCUGCUUUAUUUGCACAUCAGGGAUACUUGCCCAUCUGUAAAGAGCCAAUUGGUGGAAGCGCCCCUUGCCACUGCUUUCAGGAGAUAAUCUAUUUUCUUUAAGGGGUGGUGGGGGGGGAAAUCCUUGGCAUUUACCCUGUGGUUGUAGGUGUAGGUGCCACCAAUCAGCGGUUAGAAACUCCAGACAGUUUUUAAGCUGCCAAGGACAACAGUGAAUUGGAGAGGAAGGAAGUGGGUGGUGGCAAUGGCCAAAAAAAUUGAUCCGAAAAAUACACUGUAUAUGGUUAGUGGAACUGAAAGCUCCUUUUACCAAGUGUAUUAAAAACAGUUUUGUUUCCUGCGGCCAAGUUUAUGUUUUGAUACUUCAAUAAUAAUAAUAAAAAGGACAAAUAAUCUAUUUACCAUCAA